GUAUUAAUAAAAGCAUUAACCCUUACAACUCUCACUCUCUCUCCCUAAAACCCUCUCUUGUCUGUCUGUGUGUGCUUGUGGGCUCUGUUCCUCUUACAAGAUAGACGGCCAUGGAAAACUCACAGAAGAAGCAAGUGUUCCUAUUCUACUGCGCUGAAUGCGAAGACCUUGCUCGACAGGUCGCUUCUCAGUCUGACCACAUAACCCUCCAGACCAUCAAAUGGAGGACUUUUGAUGAUGGAUUUCCAAACAUUUUUAUAAACAACGCACAAGACCUUCGAGGCCAACAUGUUGCCUUUCUUGCAUCAUUUAGCUCUCAAGGAGUUAUCUUUGAACAGCUUUCUGUAAUAUAUGCACUCCCCCGGCUGUUUGUUGCAUCGUUCACAUUAGUUUUGCCUUUCUUUCCAACUGGUUCCUUUGAACGAAUGGAAGAAGAAGGGGAUGUAGCAACUGCAUUUACCAUGGCAAGAAUGUUGUCCAAUAUUCCCAUAUCAAAAGGUGGCCCAAACAGUGUACUCAUCUAUGACAUACAUGCUUUACAGGAAAGAUUUUAUUUUGGGGACCAUGUUUUGCCUUUGUUUGAGACUGGAAUUCCACUCUUGAAGCAGCGUCUCCACCAGCUUCCCAACUCUGAUAAGAUAGUUGUUGCAUUUCCCGAUGAUGGAGCAUGGAAGCGAUUCCACAAGCAGUUGGAUCACUUUCCCAUGGUGGUGUGUAAUAAGGUUCGUGAAGGUGACAAGAGGAUAGUUCGGAUCAAGGAGGGAAAUCCUGCUGGUUAUCAUGUAGUCAUUGUUGAUGACUUGGUGCAAUCUGGCGGCACCUUGAUCGAGUGCCAGAAAGUUUUGGCUGCUCAUGGUGCAGCCAAGGUUAGCGCUUAUGUCACCCAUGGUGUAUUUCCUAAACGCUCAUGGGAGCGGUUCACUCACAAGGAUGAAGGCUCGGAGAAGGCAUUUGCCUACUUUUGGAUCACGGAUUCCUGCCCGCUUACUGUCAAAGCCGUGGCAAAUAAAGCUCCCUUUGAGGUGUUAAGUCUUGCAGGUUCCAUUGCUGAUGCUCUACAGAUUUGAACGCAUGCACUAAAAAAUACAAUUAGACAAUUUGCAAUACUUAUGACAUCAUUAUUCUGCCGGCAAGUUCUGAUAUAAGUAGGUGAUUUCACAUUUUAUUUUACUAAUGAGUCAUGACACAUUGACUGAAAUUCGGAUUGCUUCUAGAAUUCCGCAUUUAACGUUAGAACUUGUCCUAUUGUAACUCUCAGCUUUAUAAUGCGUUCGCAAAGACAAUAAUUUAGUUGAGUUUGUGCCUCCCA